AUGUCCCGGCCAGGGUCAACUCUGAGCCAUGGCAUAGCCCAGCAGCUCAGGAAGUCGACUUCAGCGUUGUUCGAAGACUCCAACAAGUCGCAAGACAAGAAGCCUUCCGGCAAUACUUAUGUUGCCAAAGUCCGGAUCGGGCAUAAAUAUGACAUUGUUGGCUUCAUCAGUAGUGGGACUUACGGUCGCGUGUACAAGGCGCGCGAGCGUAAUCCCAAGGGCGACACGUCGAGUCCAACCACCAACGGACCCAAAGAGCUCUACGCCAUCAAGAAGUUCAAGCCAGAGAAGGAAGGAGAUAACAUCCAGUACACGGGGCUGUCGCAGUCGGCCAUCCGAGAGAUGGCCCUCUGUACGGAGCUGUCUCACCCCAAUGUGGUACACCUCGCCGAGAUUAUCCUUGAGGACAAAUGUGUCUUCAUGGUCUUUGAGUACUGCGAACACGACCUUUUACAGAUCAUCCACCACCACACACAACCCACACGCCGACCCAUCCCAGCCUCCAUGAUCAAGUCCAUCCUCUUUCAGCUCCUGAAUGGCCUCUUCUAUCUGCAUCAAAAUUGGGUCAUACACCGUGAUCUCAAGCCAGCCAACAUUAUGGUAACCUCAUCAGGGCACGUCCGCAUCGGCGAUCUUGGCCUCGCACGUCUUUUUCACAAACCACUUUCCUCCCUCUACUCCGGCGACAAGGUUGUCGUGACGAUCUGGUACCGGUCCCCCGACCUCCUCCUCGGGGCCCGCCACUACACCCCCGCCAUCGACAUGUGGGCCGUCGGCUGCAUCUUCGCCGAGCUGCUAUCCCUCCGUCCAAUCUUCAAAGGAGAAGAAACGAAAAUGGACUCAAAGAAGACCGUCCCCUUCCAGCGCAAUCAGAUGUCCAAAAUCAUCGAGAUCCUCGGCAUGCCGCGCCGCGAGCACUGGAAGGGACUGGCCGACAUGCCCGAAUACCCGCAACUUCAGAGCCUGAUGGUCGGCCGCGGCGGCAUCCAUGGCACCGGCAGCCUCUACCCGUCCCACGCGGGCGGCGUACCGAAUCGCGCCGCUGGCGCCGCCACCCCCGGCGGCGACAGAGGCAGCAACCUCGAAACAUGGUACACUAAUUGCAUCCGUGCGGCUAACUACCCAACCGGCAAGUCGCCUGGCCAGCGCGGCCUUAAACUCCUGACAGACCUAUUCGAGUACGACCCCGAAAAGCGGCUCACGGCCGAGGCGUCGCUGAAGCACGAAUACUUUGUCUGCACGGAUGAGAAUAGCAGGCAUAAUGGCGAAGUAUGGGUGACGAACAACUGCUUCGAGGGCCUGGAGGAGAGCUAUCCGGCUAGGAGAGUCAGUACGGAGACAAAUGAUAUCGGUACGGGGAGUCUGCCGGGUACGAAGCGCGGUGGGUUGCCGGAUGAUAGUCUGUUGCCGCCGGCGAAGAGGCGCUAG